GUUCAACUGAAUUCCGCUGGACCAGGAUAAAACUGAUUGUUUCCGUAAAAGGAAUGAGGGUUGAUCCUUUUGCGGCUGCACGUCGUUUAAUAGAUGCCAAGAAAAAGGAUUACUGAAUGAAACUACGGGCAGAACGGUAAAACCACAGUCUGAUUAAGUGGGCUAGGAUGUAACCUCAAGAAGUUUUAAACAAAUCACUGGAAUUUGUGCUGCGUCGCCAUGGUGUCCUUAUAAAUGUGAAGGUCAUGGAUGGUCGUGCUGAUUUGGGAAUUUAUCAAAUGUGCGUGGUUCUUCUCGUCUUAUUUUCGGUAUGCCCCCUCCUCUGUCGAGGAAAUUGGAUGUGGCUGGGCGUUAUGUCCGCGGGAGUGCCUGAGAAUCUGGGAUGCGAAAGUCUACCGCUCACGAACGAACAGAAGGAUCUGUGCAGAAGAAAACCGUAUCUCUUACCGAGCAUCAAGGACGGCGCGCGCCUGGGUAUAUCCGAGUGCCAGACGCAGUUUAAGCACGAGCGGUGGAACUGUUCCACCACCAAAGAUCUGUCCGUCUUCGGAUACGAGCUGAACAGUGGGACGAAGGAGACGGCCUUCAUCUUCGCGGUGAUGGCGGCGGGGUUGGUGCACGCGGUGACGCGGUCCUGCAGCGCGGGGAACGUGACGGACUGCGCGUGCGACGGCGGCCUGCCGGGGCGGGGCACCCCCAGCGGGGGGGGCUGGCACUGGGGGGGCUGCUCCGACCACGUCCAGUACGGCUCCGCCCUCAGCCGCCACUUCAUCCACCGCUCUGCCUGGAACGUCUCCGCCCCGCACGGACACGCCCCGCACGGCCACGCCCCGCACGGACACGCCCUGCUCGCCAUGAACCAGCACAACAGCGAGGCCGGCCGACAGGCCGUCGCCAAGACGAUGUCCACUGCCUGUCGCUGCCAUGGCGUCUCUGGCUCGUGCGCGGUGAGGACGUGCUGGCGGACGCUGGCGGCGUUCGGGCGGGUGGGGGUCUUCCUGAAGGAGCGGUACGAGGCGGGGGUGCAGGUGCAGGGCCGGUCCGAGCGCGCCGUCCGCAGGAAGGAGAGGGCCCGGCGGCGGGUCCCCGUGGCGCCCGACGAGCUCGUCUUCCUCCGCAAGUCGCCCAACUACUGCCUGGAGGACCGGCGGCUGGGCGUGGCGGGCACGCGGGGGCGGAGCUGCAGCCGGGCGUCGCCGGGGCCCGACAGCUGCAGCCUGCUGUGCUGUGGGCGGGGCUACAACACGCGCCUGGUGCGCCACGCCCAGCGCUGCGACUGCAAGUUCGUCUGGUGCUGCUACGUGCGCUGCCGUCUCUGCGAGAGCGUGAGCGACGUGCACACCUGCAAGUAGAGGCUCCGCCCCUUUCCCUAGCCCCUCCCCUGGGACACGCCCCUUUCUCUAACCCCUCCCCCAGCGAGCCACGCCUCAGACCACUGGGAGCGGGCUGUGAUGUCACUGCAGUCCCCCUUGCGCAGACUCUGGGGUUCACAGACGAGCAGAUCGACAGGUUCACUGUUAAAAGGAUCGAUUUGGAUCAGGUAGAAGUGCCUCUGGGGGCAGAGCAUUUGUGAGUUUGUGGUUUUGCCAUGCCAUUAAAAGGGAACACAAGAAUUGACUAGUAGUGAAUCUGUGAAAUUACAUUUUGCAAAUCUUAAAUAAAUUAUGGUAGAAAAAAUAAAUUCUGGUACAACGUGGUACUACAGACAGGACUUUAUUUGGUGUACGAAGUGACAAGUUUUUUUAUUAGAAUUAAGGCACUUUUUAAACAUCGCAACCACAGCAUUCAUUAAUUCAGUCAUGUUAUACUGCAGAAUCCAAAGUUUGAUGGUUUGGAAUGAAUAAAAAGGGGAUUUUCAGCAUCUUUAGCCUGAAGUUUGCAGUUAAACAACAGUAUGUUCGAACGUAGAUUAAAAUCAGGGGAGGUUUUCUUUAAGUGCUUCGUUAUGUAAAGACAACUAAGCUACUUCUGGAAAGUUAACAUGUUCAGUCUGUACAAUUUCUUAAAGAAUAAACUCAGCAAGACAGAAAAAUAUAUAAGAAAUUAACAUAUUAAGGAAUGAACAUAUUACUUUUUUAUAUUUUAUAUACAAUUUAAAGUGGCAUUAUUUUUUUAUUUAAUCUAUUUUGAAGCAUGCAUUGUUUGACAGUGUACAUUUUUAAAGCAGUCUGUUUACUUUUGAAUGCCUGUCGUAACCUUGCUGUCGUUUUGCCGUGUUCGUUCCAUGGUUUGGGGUGAGCGGUGGGGUUAUCAGAAGCUCCAGUAUUAGUAAGAUAAAGCCCUUUGAUCCUCUGGGUUUUUUGUGUGUGAAAAGCCGGCUCUUCCCUUCCUCUGUCUCCGCCUGUCGUCUCUUCGCUCUGAGCGUGGAGCAGUGGCUCGUCAGAAGUGACAAACCAGUGCUGAAUACCGCAGGGGCUUUCUUUAAAGGGGCUGAAGACUAACAGCUCAUCCUCCAUUUAAACACACCAGAAACAGCGUACAGCGGGAACUGAAUCCACUGACUUUAAGGCAAACAGACUGAAAGACUGAGUUGUUGGUCGUGAUACAAAUAUAUGGAAUUCAGAGUCUGGAAAAAUAAGAGAAAUUUAUUGACAAAGCUUAAUUUUUAUGCAUCUUUUGGUCAACAUAUCAGCACGGCAAACUAUUGCUGAACAAAUGUAUUUUUGUAUUUUUUGUAAUAUUUUUCAAUAAAUUAUUUUAUAACACCUGUAUAUGCCAGCAUUACAGUCCUUUCAGUACUUGAAGUGAAUGAUUUUGAGUUACGUAACACUGAGUUCCUGGUAAAACCUCCCAGCCAGCGCAUUAUACACUAGCAUCUGCCAUCUAUCCACUAAACCCGGAUGAAAGAACAGAAUGAGGUCUGUCAAAUUAGUUCUCUCAGACACAACAGUUUUUUUUGCCGUGAGCUAUUUUGACAAAUUAAGGGCAGGAAAGACGCUCAUAUGUGCAGGAAGUAUUUGCAGCGCUGAAAACAAUAUCCCACGACAGUAGCUUUGCUGGGUUGUCAAUUACCCAGUCAAUGAUGAGAUCUCCUGGUUUCCAUGUUGAAGCAAAGGGACUGUGAAUAUGUCAUUGACAGAACAGACAGAUGAAGAGAGAAAUAGAGAGAUACAAAGAUAACUUUUUCCUCCUUUUUUCAUUAUUUACAGAAGGCUGGUCGAUCAAUCAGGUUUAAAAGGUAAGAUGAACUCAUGUUUGGGUGCUGGUGGCCAUCUUUAUGUACACACAUUUAGGCUGUGUGGUGUCAUGGUGUGAGCUUCUUUAACGGGCAGAUGACCUCAGUCUGGAACUAAUGCUGAGAGCGAUAUAAAACAGGCAAACAAGGCCAAGCAGUGGACAUUAAAGAUAGAGAACCAUGUUUUUAAAAGCCAUAUUUUUAUUCCCUAGAAAGAUGGAUUUUAUACCUCUGUGGUUCCUUUUUUUCCCGUUAAGUGAGAUUCCUAUUAAGCACACUUGCCAGGAUGGUUUGCUUUUGCUUGUAGACCAAUGUGGAUAUUUUCUUGUGAACAUUUCGAAAGAAUAAUUCGAAUAUUUGAACACAAUAAUCAGGAUCGAGAACACGAACGUUUGUCUCCCUCUACUGGACAAACCACUGCAGCAAAAUAGUGAGCUGGGCAUUGAUCCCAAUUAUAGUGGAAAAAGUUCGGUGAUUUGACUACCAGCGGUGAAAAUCAUAUCUGCUCUUCAGCAGGAGAGAAAAGUAAAUGAAUCCUUUGAGUUUCUAUGGCUGUUUGCAUUCCAAAACUUUCCAGCAGUGGUUCCCAACUCUGUUCCGGGAGACCUGCCGUCUUGUCGGUUCUUAUUUGAACCACUGAAUUGUAUAAUGUAGUUCAUUGAUUGAGUGUUACAGUGAUUACGUCUUUUUGUAGGCCACCACUGUAACGCUUAACACACCUGAGUCUACUAAUCAGCUCCACGAGAACUCGAGCCGUUGAAUGAAGGGGUGAUUUUUAGUUGGAGUGAAAACCUACAGAUCUCCAGGAACAGUUGGGAGCCAUUGCUUUUCAAAAUUUAGCUAAGCUUCAGCAAGACAAACUUUUUGUAGGGCUGUUGUAUCACAAGCAUUACUGCCGAAGAGUUCCCCGGCUAAAUGGCUGUCCACAGACCUUUGUUUGGCCGGGUACUUCAAACGAUGAAGAAAUUAUGGAAAGUGAAGCUAGGUCUAGCGAAUUUAUUCAAUUCAGUUUAAUUUUUAUAUUCCCCCUUUAAACUUAUCCGUUAUGCUGUCCGUCAAGAAAACAGGUGCUUUCUUCAAGGUCGAAGAUAGCUACAUCACCUUGAGGUGAGACAUUUUUGCUAAUUUCAUGUAUGGACGUAGGCUAUUAUUUAAAGAACUGCAGUACUUACUGUAGGUGGCCUUUGCCAGUGUUUUCCAUUAGAGGAAGAUAGCCGACGCGAGCAUCCCUAUGAAAUAAAGUCUUAAUAAAAAUUUAUUCAGACUUGUUUUAAUGCAGGCCGAUAUGUAGCUUCUGCGUAUUUGGUGGAAACGUAUUUUAUUACGUAAAUACAUUUAUUCUGAUAAACAACAUUAAUUAAAAUGCUUAUGGUGUUUUUCAGUUUUCAUGUUGCAUUUCAGGGUUGUCAGUUCAUUUAGUAAAAAUGACGUCUCCCUGCUGCCAACGCACCUUGCUGGCUACUAAAAAUCUGGGGUUCCCUCUGAUUAGACUCAGGCUUUAUAUGCUGCUGGCAGUGGGUUCAAAUCUCUGUACAAGUGUUUGUUUAAAUUUUCUCAUUCAUUCAUGAGGUCAAAGUGUAUGAUUUAUCAGCAUGUUUGGCUCAUUUGAGAAAUUAAGUACAGUUUUAAGGUUCUUGUUUUGUAACACAAGGCUGAGGCUUGAAGCACCUGCUGGAGUCUAUUUUCCAGUGUAGGCUUUUUCUUUUGGUUCAACGGGAUAAUGGACGCAUCUGGGUUCUGUGGCGUAUGAUGGACAAGUCCAAGCAGUGAGAGUUCUGAGCUGAUGAUGUGCACCAGCAGCUGUGGGGUCAAAUCCCUCUCUGUGGCCAGUACGCAGUUUGACUGUCAUCAUCAUGAAGUGAUGUUUGCCAGUUAGGGACAAACUGUUUCCUCUGAAGACAAAGUAGCACACACAGCAGGGUACUCGUCUUAUAACAGUGUCCUGGGUUCAGACUGAUUCACAUUGGUGUUUAAACAAGCUUUUGUUGCCCUGUGCUUUUCAAAUUUCAAAGAGCUGACCACUGGUUUAAUGAUUUAAAUUUACCUGUGAGGACCGAAACUCUCUUGUCCCUCCAUGAACUCUCCGUGUUUGAUGUUUGGGAUGAAAUGGGGUGACGGGAAGUUUCACUUCAACAGUUAAAACCAGUCAAGUGUGGUCCUGCGAUAACAGCGUUAUGGCGGAAGACAGGAAGUGGAGCGUUUGAAAAACACACCGCUAAUGCCGCAGGUGGAGAGUCCUUCUCUGUGCUCAGAAUGUUGGGCUAGCGCUGGGUCGACCCCGUGGCAGUUCUCUGUGCUCAGAAUGUUGGGCUAGCGCUGGGUCGACCCCGUGGCAGUUCUCUGUGCUCAGAAUGUUGGGCCAGCGCUGGGUCGACCCCGUGGCAGUUCUCUGUGCUCAGAAUGUUGGGCUAGCGCUGGGUCGACCCCGUGGCAGUUCUCUGUGCUCAGAAUGUUGGGCCGGUGCUGGGUCGACCC